GGCUGCGUUGUUGUUGCUGUGGUGCUGAACGUGAAGGCUCUUUAAACACACGAUUCGCGCUCAUUUAAAACCCCAGAUAACGCCAUCACCGUCACCAUCUUCACCUCCGUGACGGACUCCGUGUGUGCCGUUUCUUCCCGUUCCUCUUCAUCCUGAGUCAGCAUGGGAAGCUGCCUAACUGUGGGGCCAAACGAAGCGUUGGUGGUCUCUGGUGGUUGUUGUGGCUCUGAUGAUAAAAUCUACGUGGUGGGAGGAUGGGCCUGGGCUUGGUGGCUCAUCUCAGACGCCCAAAGGCUAAGCCUGGAGAUAAUGACUCUGCAGCCACGAUGUGAGGAUGUGGAGACAGCAGAAGGAGUAGCCAUCACUGUCACAGGGGUGGCUCAGGUGAAAGUGAUGACGGAGCAGGACCUGCUGGCUGUAGCGUGUGAGCAGUUUCUGGGUAAAUCAAUCAUGGAGAUCAAAGGUGUGCUGCUGCAGACUUUGGAGGGACAUCUGCGCUCCAUUCUAGGUACUCUGACGGUGGAGCAGAUCUAUCAGGACAGGGAUCAGUUUGCCAAACUGGUGAGGGACGUAGCAGCUCCUGACGUUGGCAGGAUGGGCAUUGAGAUUCUGAGCUUUACCAUUAAGGAUGUGUAUGAUAAACUGGACUACCUGAGCUCCCUUGGGAAGACCCAGAUUGCAGCCGUCCAGAGGGAUGCAGACAUUGGUGUCGCCGAGGCAGAGAGGGAUGCUGGGAUACGGGAAGCAGAAUGCAAGAAGGAGAUGAUGGAUGUUAAAUUCCAGGCCGACACCAAGAUGGCCGACUCCAAACGAGAGCUGGAGUUGCAGAAAGCUUCGUUCAACCAAGAAGUCAAUGCAAGGAAAGCAGAGGCCCAGCUGGCAUAUGAGCUGCAGGCUGCCAAAGAGCAGCAGAAGAUCCGGCUGGAGGAGAUUGAGAUCCAAGUGGUACAGAGGAAGAAAGAGAUCACGAUUGAGGAGAAGGAGAUUGACCGGACAGACAAAGAGCUCAUCGCCACUGUGAAGAGGCCUGCUGAGGCUGAGGCCUAUAAAAUGCAGCAGCUGGCUGAGGGCGAGAAACUGAAGAAAGUGCUGAUUGCCCAGGCCGAGGCAGAGACGAUCAAAAAGCUCGGUGAGGCGGAGGCUUGCUCCAUCAAAGCGGUGGGAAAGGCGGAGGCAGAGAAGAUGAGGCUGAAGGCCGAGGCCUACGAGCAGUACGGAGAGGCAGCUAAGACCGCUCUGGUCCUCGAGGCCCUGCCUAAGAUUGCUUCCAAAGUGGCCGCGCCCUUAGCCAAGACGAAUGAGAUCGUCAUUCUUAGUGGGGAGGGCAGCCGCGUGACGGGCGAGGUGAACCGGCUUUUGGCUGAACUUCCUGUGUCUGUCAAUGCGCUCACUGGAGUGGAUUUGUCAAAGAUCCCUCUGUUGCAGAAGGUGACCAGCUCUUAAGCCUGAGAACUGAAGACUACACAUGAUUCCAGUCUCUGUAUGCACUCUCAUAGACUGCCUUUACUACACUUGAAGAUUUUUGUUGUUUUAUACGUAUACUCUGUAUACCAAGUGAAUUUUGGAAACCUCUGGUGCCUUACUUUAUACAGGACCAGAAAAUCUGCAUGCACUGCUGCUCAUUCAAAGAUUUAUUUUCUGUUUAAACUGGAAUAUUUUGUGAUUUAUAUUUAUUUGAUGUGUUUGAAUUGUAUUUAUUGGCUGGCUUGUAUAAAACAUAAAUGAACAAGAGUGCUGAUAUUAGACUGAAAGCUGAAGCAGGUUAUAUUUGUUAUUUAUUAUAUCAUAACACCUACUCUUUGGUAAUUAUACACUGAGGCCAGUUUGUACACUUUGUGUGUUUCAGGCCUUUUGUUAAGUUGCAUACCUCUUUCUUGUGAGACGUCUGUAUCCCUGGAUAAUCUCAGUCUUUUCCCUGUAUGUGCUACAUGUUGUAAUUUUUACCAAACACUGUUUUGUGUCUCAGAAGUUGAGACAAAGGUGCUCUCAGUCUGAAAAAAAAGAAGCCACCUUGAACUGCUCAAAUUUCCACCUUCGAUCUGUUUUUGUUUCCCUCUGAAUGAAGUUUGAUUCUCCACAAACUGUCGAUCUGAAGCAUGACACAUUUUACUGUCAUUUAUAUGCUGACAUGGAAACGGGUAGCAAAUCCUUGUGCUAAUGUGGUUAGCUUGUAAUGUGUGUGACCUUUUAUUUAUGUAUGUAUUUAUGUAUGUAUGU